GAAACCCCCAAAAGAAGUCAGAAUAAGGAAGUGCAGACCACACGAACGUUUUGUUCAACCAGAAGCUGACACAAAAUGGACAUCACUAAAAAAAGUGUGUUUAAAGCACUUGAGCAACUUGAGGAAGAAGAGUUCAAUCAAUUCAAAUGGCACUUGUGGAAUGGUGUAAUAAAAGACAUCAGUCCUAUUUCUCGAGGAAAACUUGAGAAAAUUAAGUGCCAUGGUGUGGUGGAUCUCAUGGUACAGAAGUACAGUGCUGAUGCUGGGAAAAUCGCAGUCCAAGUGCUACGCAACAUGGAACAAAAUGAACUUGCACAUCGCCUUGAGUUAAAUUUUCAGAAAGUUCAGCAGUCUGUGCAGGAGGAAGCAAGAAAUGCUCCAGAGUCUAUGCAGCCCAUCCAGUCCGACUGGCUCAGAGCAUACAACAUUACUGCAUGCAGCCAACAGUUUAAACAGAGACUUCUCAGAGAAAAGGGAAAUGAUGUUUAUAUGCCAACGAGCAGGUCUCAGAGGAAAGGCUCAGCUCUGCUGAUCACCAACAUUAAAUUUGACAGUAAAGAGGACUGCAGGGAUGGCGCAGAGAAAGAUGAGGAGAACAUGGAGUGGCUGCUGAGCGCUCUGGGUUACAGUGUUGAGAAACACACAAAUCUCUCUGGAAACGAAAUAGAUGGAAAAGUCAAGAACUUCUCUAAACGUUAUGAACAUCGAGACGCAGACAGCACCUUUGUGGUCAUCAUGUCUCAUGGGGAAAGAAUCCAAAAUAAAGAUGCCAUUUUAGGUGUCCAUUAUGAUCCAGAUCUACACCCCGAUGAUUACUUCUUUGUUGAGGACAUCUUCACCCAUCUGAACUCAGUCAAUUGUCCGGCUCUGAUUGAUAAACCAAAGGUUAUUCUCAUUCAGGCCUGCAGAGGAGGUGACGAUGGAGGUGUGUAUGUUCCUGAUCGAGUGCCUGCAUCAGACGCCUGGGUUCACAAGGAGAAAGACUUUGUCUGCUUUAUGUCCAGCCUCCCUGAUACUGUAUCGUACAGGGAUCCUGACAAUGGGAGUUAUUUAAUCAUGUACAUCGUGGAUGUGUUCAGUACAUGCGCUCAUAAUGAUGACAUCAUGGAGUUGUUCAGGAAGGUUGCCUCACGCAUGGAGAAUGACCCACGUUUCACAGAAGAAGAGAAACUAUUGCCUUGUAUUGAAAGGAUGUCCCUUGUGAGGAAAUUCUACCUGUUCCCUGGACUCUAAUGAUGUGCAGAUUAAACUCAUUUUAAAUAGAGUAAGAGAUGGCCAUCGCCAACUCAACAUCUAUAAAAAUGCAUUCUAAACAUACACAACAUAAUCCAUGCAAUUAACAUUUAUAUACAUUAAUUUUACUUUUUUCUUAUGCUUUGCUAUCGCCACAUUACAAUAUUAACCAUUUAAUUGCUAAGAAGUCGCCUCCAUCCAAAAUAGUGACUGAUUUCUCCAUGAGCUGGUUUGUUUUCAGCUGAUACCUUUGAUAAAAGUGCAUGUUAAUCAAUAAAGCUUUUCUA